ACGUAUAUAGUGAGAGAGUGAGAGAGAGAGAGAGAGAUGAGCGAGAGAGGUGCGCGCGCGCGCGCGCGCGCAACCGAGUGGCCGGCCGAGCGAGAACGCACAUAGUACGCCGCGUACGGAUUGGAAUGGAACGCGUCGCGGACCUCGGCGAAGGGAGUGUUGUCGGAGAGAAAGAGAGAGAGAUAGAGAACGAGGGAGAAAUAAAGAGGAAGAGAGAUAGCUGAGUGACAGAAUAUAAAAGUGAACGAAGAGGAUUCGUGUUAUGGAAGAGAAACGCGAAACGGCAGGAUCAAUCGUGUGGAUAACGGACGAAAUGAUGUCCUUCUUAAAAAGGAAGGAUCGUGUCGGCGACACCUGUGUAUUUUGUGCGCUGUCAUAGUACGAGGGACUAACUUAUUCUUCGUCCUGCGACUUAUUUUUUAACAAAAAGUAUCUCCGUGCUCUGUGGAGUCUUUCUUGCGAUAACUGCGAGACGCGAGAGAGCGUGAGGGAACGAACAAAAAAUGGUUGAAUCGUGGAGGAAGUAUCAUUGGAGAGAUACGAGUACUGCGACAACGAGGAAAACAAAAACAGCGUAGCGGUCGACGGGUUAGCGAUCGCUCGAAGAAGAAGAGGAAGAAAAAGAAGAAAAAGAAGAGGAAGAAAGAAGAGGAGGAGGAGGAGGAGGAGGAGGAGGAGGUGGAGGAGGAGGAAGAAGUGUGUUGGAGAAGGGAGGAGAGGAGAGGAGGAAGAAAAACGGGGAGAUUCGAGGUAGAAGAAGAAGAAGAAGAAGAGGAGGAGGAAGAAGAGGAGGAAGAGGGAGGAAGAGGAGGUGGAGGGGGGGUAGAAGAAGGUGGUGGGUGGUGGAGGUGGUGGUGGUGCGGAAGGACGAGGCUUGGGUUCCCUCGAUCGCGCGAUAGCCCAUCGUCGAAUAAUCUGAAAGAGGACGCUCGGUUAUGACGGCGAAAUCGGGAGGUUCUCGCACACUCGGUUACUCGGUUAGUCGCGAAUUUUAGUCGUGGAAGGACUAUCGCGUCGAGAGCUACGUGUCACGAUCACGAUAGAUCAUGAGAGUUAUAUUUGUAUUCGUAUUAGUCGCGCGACUUAGGAUCGUCGUACCUACCCUUGGAAAUCUUUCGGAAAGCUUCGAAUUUAACGGAGAAGAUUUAGGAAAUUAAAGGAACAACGUUUAAAGUGGAACGUCCUUCAACGUGUGUGUGUAUAUAUAUGUGGACCGGUAGAAGAAUAAAGCUGAGCGUCAUGGCGCACAAAACUACUACGGGUUGCCUGCCACCGAUAGAAAUUUGGAUGGUCAAGACUUGUCUGCCGAUUGUACUCCUGCUUAUCGUCGUAUCUCAGGAGAGCCUUGGUGGACAACACGAGAAACGAUUAUUAAAUAACUUGUUGUUGAAUUACAACACUUUGGAACGGCCAGUAGCCAACGAGAGCGAACCAUUGGAAGUUAAAUUUGGGAUAACGUUGCAACAAAUUAUCGACGUGGAUGAAAAGAAUCAGAUACUAACGACGAACGCAUGGUUAAAACUGUCUUGGAACGACUACAAUUUACAGUGGAAUCAAUCGGACUAUGGCGGAGUUAAAGAUGUCCAUAUAACGCCGAACAAGGUUUGGAGACCGGAUAUCCUCAUGUACAAUAGCGCGGAUGAGGGUUUCGACGGGACGUUUCAAACAAACGUGGUGGUCGCGCAUAACGGCAGUUGCCUGUACGUCCCACCGGGCAUCUUCAAGAGCACAUGCAAGAUAGACAUCACUUGGUUCCCCUUUGACGACCAACACUGUGACAUGAAGUUCGGAUCCUGGACCUACGACGGCAGCCAGCUCGAUCUGGUCCUCGAGUCAGAGAAGGGAGGUGACUUGUCCGAUUUCAUCAUGAACGGGGAAUGGUACCUCAUCGGUAUGCCUGGACGAAAAAAUACGAUAGUAUAUAAGUGCUGUCCGGAGCCGUACGUCGACGUGACCUUCACGAUACAGAUACGCAGGCGAACGCUAUACUAUUUUUUCAACCUGAUCGUGCCCUGCGUCCUGAUAUCGAGUAUGGCCCUAUUGGGUUUCACAUUGCCGCCCGAUUCCGGAGAGAAGCUCACCUUAGGAGUGACCAUUCUGCUGUCGCUGACAGUUUUCCUGAACCUCGUGGCAGAAAGCAUGCCGACGACCUCGGACGCUGUCCCUUUAAUAGGAGUGACCAUCUUGCUAUCGCUGACGGUGUUCCUGAAUCUCGUUGCCGAGACCCUACCCCAGGUCUCCGACGCUAUACCCCUGUUAGGGUCGUACUUCAAUUGCAUCAUGUUCAUGGUGGCGAGCAGCGUCGUCUUGACCGUUAUGGUGCUAAAUUAUCAUCACAGAACGCCCGACAGAUACGUCAUGCCUACUUGGAUCAAAAAGGUGUUCCUACAGUGGCUGCCAUUCAUACUAUGCAUGAGCCGUCCUGGCAAGAAGAUCACGAAGAAGAGUCUCCUUAUGGGCAAUCGGAUGAAAGAACUCGAGUUGCAGGAGAGGAGCAGUAAGAGCUUGCUAGCGAACGUCUUAGAUAUCGACGACGAUUUUCGCCAUGGAAACAGUGCUGCCAAUCCAGCUUCCGGUUACAUAAGCAGGUCGGCGUACGGCACGCCAUUAUCCGGACGGCCGGCGACGGUCGAAGAAACGUCGGCGUCUUUACCACUAGGUGGUAUGCAGAGAGAACUUCACACGAUUCUCAAAGAAUUACAGUUUAUCACGAGUCGUAUGAGAAAGGCCGACGAAAACGACGAAGUGAUUAACGAUUGGAAAUUUGCUGCCAUGGUGGUCGACAGGCUCUGCCUGAUCAUCUUCACGUUAUUCACGGUGCUGGCCACGGUCGUAAUACUGUCUAGUGCGCCACACAUAAUCGUCCACUAAUAGACUGCCCCGGUCGAGACACCGAAGAUAAUGCACAAAAACGUCGCUGAAAUAGCGCCUCCUCGAAUUUGAAGCAACGUUCGCGCGCGUGAUUUGCGGGACCGACACUCUACUACUACUACUACUACACUACAACAACUACUACUACUACUACUAACUACUACUAUUACUACUACUACUGCUACUACUACUACACUACUACUACUACUACUACUGCUACUACUAUUACUACUACUACUACUACUACUACUACUACUACUACUACUACUGACAAGACAGAGAGAAAGAGAGAAAGAGAGAGAAGAAGAAAUUAGAGAGAGAGAUAAUGCAGAAAGAAAGAAAAGAAGAGAAAAGGAUAGAGAAAAACAAAAAUAGGGAUAAAGGACGAAGGAGGGACGUUACAACGAUCGAAGAAAACGAGCCUGAACCUGAAAGAGCUCUUUGCCAACGGAGCUUCGUCAUUAGGAUGGAAUACAUUCGUCGAAAAUCCUUUGGACUACUACCGAACAUCGUCCAUUUCACGAACGCCGUCGAUCUCGCCCUGUUCGUCGUACCUUUCGUUUCGUCGAUUAACGAGAGACAAGAGAGACAAGAGAAAGAGACAAAGACAGAGAGAAAGAGCCCAGUUUAUCCCGAUUACCAACACUUUUCUUUUUUCCUUUCUUGCUUUCCUAUCGAUUAUUUUUCUCCGUUCCGUGUAAAAAAAAAAAAGGAAAAUUAAAAAAAAAAUCUAAAAAAUGAAUCAAAAAGAACAAAAAAAUAAAUAAUAAUACUAAUAAUAAUAAUAAUAAUAAUAAUAACUAUAACGAUAACGAUAAUAAUAAUAAUAAUAAUAAUAAUAAUAAUAAUAAUAAUAAUAAUAAUAAUAAUAAUAAUAAUAAUAAUAAUAAUAAUAAACGUGGAAGCGAAUUCACGUCGAUGAUGACGUCGAUGAUGAAAUUUUCGAUGACGAUGUUCAUCUUAUUUCAAGAUAUUGCUUUUUUCUUUGAUUUCUCUUCCUCUCUCUUUCUCUCAUUCUUUAUUUAUUUCUUUCUUUCGUUCUUUCUUUCUUCAUCUCUUUCUCUUUCUCUCUCUCUCUCUCUCUCUCUCUCUCUUUCUCUCUCUUUCGGAAAAGAGAUUGGUAAAAAGAAUGAUAUAUUCAGACUAUUCGCGAUACGCGCGAUUCCUCGAACGAACGAACGUCGUUAAAAACCCGGCCUUUCACGGCGGCGUCAAUAAUGAUAAUAAUAAUAAAUAGUAUAAAUAGCUAAAAAGGAAACUAUUAUAUUCGAAUCGCUUAGCGCGCGCGCUCUCGCUCUCUAAUGUUUCCCUAUAUAUACAUAUACACAUAUAAAUACACAAAUACACUCGCACACACACACAUAAUACACAUGUAUAUAUACUCCGGUGCGCGCGCGCGCGCGCCUGCGCGACCGAGCUCGUAGAUAAACGUUUAAUAUCUUUGAACAACUGCCAAAUAUGGAGGAGCUCUCGUGUCAGGGGUGACCAAUAUAUGUAUAUCGUUUUUUCGAGAUGGAUCGAUCGAUCGAUCGAACGAGUGAGCGAACGAACGAACGAACGAACGAACGAACGAACGAAUGAACGAACGAACGAACGAAUGCAUGAACGUACGUGAGUGAAAAAAAAAAUUAAUAAAUACAUAAAUAAAUAAAUGCAUCGACGAUCGAUGUUCUUGAGAAAUCUUUUCAUUGUAUAGAUCAUUCGUGAAAGUUUCUUUAAAAGCGGAGAUAAAAUAGAUAAGGAAAUUCUACUUAUAUAUAUAUAUAGAUAUAUAUGUACUAUAACUAACACGCGUAUAUAAAUUACGAAAUGAGUUUGUUAUCGCAAAAAGAUUUCACGAAAGGAUCUGCGUAAACUUUUUCAAAUUUUUUAAUACUUCUCAAGAACGCCGACGUGUCGAUCAUAUCGAUCGUGAAUUAUCUAGGAGGGUUGAGGUCGUAAAAAGUGAGGGGUUGUUUGGUUGGUAAGUAGAUAUGGAAAUAUGAACGUGUGUGGACAAAACUGCCAAGUCGCAUCACCCCUGCUUUCCGUACAGAUAACUCGAGUUGUUCUCGAGGAUUUCGUGAGCGAGAAGGGUCAGAGAAAAGGGGAAGAAAGGAAUAUAAGAAGGGAAAGAAAAGAAAGAAGGAAGAAAAGGAAGAAAAGAAGAAAGUAAAAAAAAAAAAGAGAGAAAUUUGCACACAUUCGAACAUCGAAGGAGAGACAGUUACGAUAAGAACGUAAAAGGAUUCUCAAACUUUUUCUUUUUUUUUUUCUUUUUCUUCAUCAUCAUCACAAUCAUCGUCAUCGUCAUUGUCAUUGUCUUGUUCUUCUUCUACUACUUUUUUUUCUUCUUCUUCUCCUUCUUCUGCAUCGUCUUAUUAUUUUCAACGAAUAGACUAUCUCGAACGAGUCGAGGCCAUGGUAGUCGCCCAUCGUCCUCGUGAAAACACUUUACGUUUACGUUCCGUGCUUUGCCUUUUAUUACCCACCGGUUCUGGUUAUUAUUUGGCUUCUAUAACACCUUGCGGCGUGGUAAACGAGCCCCAUGCAAUUUGUUACUAGAUCGUAUAAGCGCGAAUAGACGAGCGGGUUAACGUUUAGUGAUAACGGUAAGAGGAUCUUUUCGUGGUUGCGUUUAGACGAGAAUAUGAUUAGACGAAGAAAGUAAACGAAAGAGAUCAUAAGAUUCUAUAUAUAUAUAUGUGUGUGUAUAUCUAUAUACAAGGUGUCUUCUUUUAAUCAAUCCUUAUACAAAUAUCAUCGACAUUCUUGAGAAUAACAAAGAUUCCUUUGAACUUGUUUUUUUCUACCCUCUUUAUUAUCUAUCGACGAUCAAUGGCCUUGAAACUAUUUCAUCUAUUUUAAAUAUUCUCGAAUAACAUUAAGAAAUAUCGAUGUAUUUGUCGAUUGGUCGAACGAUUACAAUGAGAGAUACCCUGUAUAUUAUUGUAUACUUGAAAAGAUCGACGUGUCUCCUGAUUCGUGAAUAAACGAAAUCACGGUUUGGAUUUCCCGGGGUACUACGUGAAAAUUCGAUUUACAGAGGAACUUCGAAAAAGCCAUGCGGGAAGUGCGAAAGGUCGUAGAAUGAUUCGGAUCAUAAAGCUUGAUGGAUGGUACGAGAAAAAGAGAUAGAGACCUUUGGAAAUACGUCGAAACAUAUGGGAUAUAGAAGCGGUUGCAGUAGAGAAUCCUGCGUAUUUCAACGCGUUGCUUCGUAAAUUUCUUUUUCUGCUCGUUUUUUCUUCUCUUUUACAUUUUUUUUUCGUUUUUUAAAGAAGAAAGGCAAAAGAUAUAUAUCACGAAGAGGGGGGGGGGGGGGUGAGGGAAAGUAAAAUUCUUUUUCUUUUUUAUUUUUUUCUACUUCGUUUUCUUCUUUUUUUUUCAUAAAUUUUCAUAUUACAAGGUAUCGCGUAAAAUUGAAUAAAUUUAUUGUCCAAUCGAACGCGUACGAUAAUCCAAAGCAUUCUAACGUAAAAUACUAGCAACGAGAGCGAGAUCUAUAAGCAUUCGCGUAGAUAGUUUCGAGCGAUCGAAUCCACCAAAGUUUAGCUCGUAAAGUUGCUCGGAGUAAUGGACAGCACAUAGAAAGGAGGAGAACGAUGAUCGCGGUACGCAAACGAAUUUGCUUGAACUCGUUAAAGCGUCGAACUUUAGGACGAAUGGUCGAUCCUUUGGGAGGUUAUGAAUCGGAUCUAUGAAUACUGCUUGGUUAUUAGAGGAAAUCCGUGAUCGAAGCGAUUGAGAGAUUUUAUUCGUAAUAUGCAUUCGCUUAUGAUAUAUUUAUUUGUAAGGGACAACGACAUAUUUGAGAUGAUCAAAAUGAACGAGAAUAAAUUCGCAAAAAAGUAUUGAAGAAAGAAAGAAAAACCCUUCUCGCUUGAUAGAAAAGCUGUACGGAAGGACAGAGUGAUUUCAUCGUUCAAACGACGCAAAAACAUAAUAACGAGUAACAUUGAAGUGUUCCGAUAAAAAUACUCAAGUAAAUAUGUAAAUAAUGGACGUUCGCGUGGCGCGGGACUCAAGUAAAUAUGUAAUCAAGUUUUAGAAAGACAAAUUCUAGUCAUCUCUCUUUCUCGUCUCAUGCGGCUGAACGCAACAGGCCGAAUCAUCUUCGCGCGCUCGUUCCGAUUCUAGCAACACGCGAAGCUUUUUUGCUGCGUCUCAUUAUAAAUUGUGAACUAAUAAGGAGGAAGAUAAUAAGAAGAAAAUAAAAGAAAAAAAAGAAUAUAUAUAUAUAAAAAAAAAAAGAAAGACAAAGAAGAGAAAGAAAGAAAAAAGAAAGAAAGAAAAACAGAAAGAAAGAAAAUGGUAUCGUGUCUUCGAGAUGAUCGAAUUUCGAUGAUCGAGUGAGCGAGGCUUAUCACAUUUUUAUCUCGUUGAAAAAGUCAACGUUAAAUUCAUGCACUGUCGAUCGAUGGGACUCGUGAUCGCUUGAUUUGCGAUCUUAGACAAUCAUUUUUAUCUCGCGUUUCGGACGAAGGAUAAGAAUUUUCUAUUUCCUUUUCCUUUUUCUAUCUUUUUUUUUCUUUUCCACCUUUUCUUUUUUUCUUUUUUUUUUUUCUUCGUCGACGAGGGAAAAAACACGUAUCGGUGCGAACGAUUCGACGGUGCGAAGAUGACGAAGAAAAAUUAUUUGGAGGAAGAUCUUUUUUUUUUCUUUUCCGAUAACAACGAAGCAUAACGUAACGUAUGUAACGUGGCUUAUCGUCGUUGAAAGAAAAAUCAGCUGAAACUGAUGCUGUACGCAUUAAACUCCCAUAUUCUCUCACAGUCAGCGUAUAUAUAUAUAUAUAUAUAUAUAUAUAUAUAUAUAUAUAUAUCGAUAAGUGUACGAAUAAUUAACGACGGCCAAGAAGAAUACAACAACAAGCGAUUGUAGAUAAAACUAUCGUGAUAUAAUUAAUUACGGCACACGUUCGUUCGACGCGCGAUCGGCACGUACCUAUCGAAAAAUCGAAAAAUGAAGGACGAUCGAAGAUGGAUCGUUAAAUCUCAUAAUAGAUGUCUCGUUAGCAUCCUAAUCUCCUUGCGUCCCGCGAAACGUUUCAAGUUCGAGUCGCCGGAUCACGCAGGCGUAUCGAUCGACAAAACUACGGCAUCUCUUUGGCAGCGAAAUUAUGCGGAGGAGUAUGUCGUAUAUAAUAUAAUAAAAAUAAUAAUAAUAUAUAUAUAUAUAUUAAUAAUAAUAAUAAUAAUAAUAAUAAUAAAAUAAUAAUAAUAUAUAAUUAAGCGCAUGUAUUAUCUUUAUUAUUAUCGCGAUCGAAGAUUUUAUAUCGUAGCAACCAACAGCAACUACAACAACAACAAACAACAAACAACAACAAUUUCAACAACAAUAAAAGAAGAAAUAAUGGACAAACGUAAAGUAAUGUUGGUAAUAACGAAAAAAGGAAUGCGUUGUUAUAUACAUACAUAUAAACGUGCGUUAAAGAAAAAUAUAAAUGUAGGGUGAAGCGUGCGAAGAAAUUUUCCAUUGUGUGUGUCUGUACAUUUUAAAGAACUGAAGAGUAUCGAAUAAUAAUAAUAAUAACAAUAAUAAUAAUAAUUUUUAUUAUUAUUAUUAUUACUAUCAUAAUGAUAACAAUAUAAGAGAAAUAUUAAGAAGAAUCAUUCAUGGUUGAAGUAUUGUGUGUAGAAAAAAAAAAAAAAAUGGAAAGAAAAAUAAUUUAAAAAAAAAGAAAAUAACGAGGAAAUAUUGAACUAUCGCUGCUAAUGGUCCGUAUAACGUAAAACGUGAUAAGGUUUUAGAAUUGAUGUAUGAUAAUCGUUCCGUUAGUGUAAAAUUAUUUAUUAUCGUUUAAAUGCCAAAAAAAAAAACAAAACAUUGUUAGUACUAUCGCUAUAUCACACUAUUAUUAUUAAUAUAAUUGCUAUUAUUAUUAUUAAUAGUGUUACUAAAUACUAUUGUUACUAAUACUACUACUAUUACUACUAUUACCAUUAGUACUACUACUACUACACUACUACACUACUACUACUACUACUACUACUACUACUACUACUACUAUUACUAUUACUACUACUACUACUACCACUACUACUAUUACUAUACCUAUUAUUACUAUUACUAUUGCUACUAUACUACUACUAUUACUAUUAUUAAUUAAUACUACUAUAUCUAUUAUUAUGACUACGACUAUGGCUACAGCUGCUACUACUAUCACUACUAAAAUUACUAACCCUACUACCGAUACUACUAUCGCUAUCGUUAGUAUUUUGCUGCUGCUACUAUAAUCCUCUCUAAAAGAGAGAUAGAAUCGCGGAAAAAAUGAGGCACGGAUCGAUGAAAAUAGAAAAAAAGAAAAAAACGAAAAAAAAGAAGAAAAAGAAGAAAAAAAAGAAAAAGUAAAAAAAAAGAAAAGAAAACCUCGCGGCGUCGCUCAAUAAAAAAUCAAAACUCGUGGAAAAAUAACACAUAUCCCGUGGUAUUAUCGAAUGUAACACGUAUUCAAAAUUCAUACACGCAGAUACGAUUCAAAUGCUAAUUUUACGAUCUAUAAACGAUCUAACAAAACAAUCAACGUUAUCGGAUAUAAACGAAAGCAUCGAGCUCGAUCGUUCGAUCGAUCGAUCGAUCAUCUUCGCAAACGAUCGAUGUUUCCUUAUUGUUUAACUUGAUGAUCGCACAAAUAUAAAUUGACGUUUGGAAUCGAAUGAAACGAACGAACGAACGAACGAACGAACGAAUGAUCGAUCGAUCGAUAAAAAUGUAAAUAUAGUAGCACACUAGCGUUAUACUCGAGCGACAACUUGCGAGUUUUCGAAUACACGUGAGUCUCUUUUUCCGAUAGGCUGACUAGAUUUUCUCGAUUCACUUAUCUCGUUAGAAGGGCGAAAAGAGAGAAGAAUGGUUUUGCUACGGACUAUGCGAUUCAAGACGAAAGCUCGUUCGUUCUCCCUUCGAAACUUUUCAACCACUACCACCACCACUAUCACCAUCAACAUCCCCCACUCUUUCACUCUCCACUCUCUCUCUCUCUCUCUCUCUUUCUUUCUCUUUCUCUAUCUUUCUCUGUCUGUCUUUCUCUUUCUCUUUUUCUGUCCAUUUUCAUUCCAUCCCAUCUCUUCACACCCUCCACAAACCAUCACCAAAUUACGUAUUAUUAUCAGCGAGAAUAGCGAAUAUACGAGCGAAUCGAAAUAUGAAAUGAAAUAUCGCGUGUAAAUAACUACUGUGAUAAGAUAAGAUUAUUGAUUAUUAUUAUUAUUGCCGAAUGCGAAACCCCGUUAUUGAGACGAAGAUGAAACGGAAAUCGUGCCAGUAGCCGGAUACUCGGUUUACUUUCUGGAUCAUACGUGCGAGUUAAUUAGAAAAAAAGAAAUAUAUGUGUGUAUAUAUAUAUAUGUAAUUUUUUGACUUGAAGAUAUCAUCGAUCUUUCCAUCGAACUUUAACGAAAUCAUCGGAUUCUCGUCGAGCAACGUGAUUCGAAUAAAACGCACAGAUAGAUACAGAAAAAUUAAUCCUCCACUCUUCUUCUUCUUCUUCCUCUUCAUUUUCUUCGUCGUCAUACAUCUCUCUUCCAAACGAUCCGAUUAAAAAAAAAAUAACCAUUAGAAUACUCAUAGAUCUUUCACGUUGCUAAAAGCACCGAUUCAAAAUAGAGAUUUAUCAGAUAUAAUGUAUCGACGAUUGAAUAAGAUGAUCUCGUGAAAUUUCGAUGUAGAUCGACUGACAGAUAUUUAGAAAUUUGUAUGGCAUACCUAAACGUGUAAUAUGUAUGUAUUUCUCUCUCUCUCUCUCUCUCUCUCUCUUUCUCUCUCCUCUCUCUCUCUCUCUCUCUCUAACUCGUAGGUGGGUCCAAUGAAGCGAUUAAACUACUAGCCGACAUUCUAGACGAGCCAUACUGCCAUUUGCUCCUGUAUGCGCAUACCAAAAGCAAGCUCGACGAUGACGAGGACGACGAGGACGACGAGAACGACGAGGACGACAAGAGAAGAGGAGAGGAAAGGAGAGGAGAGGAGAGGAGAGAGAGAUUGACGGGUGGUCAGGGUGAACGUUUCGUUGCGUGCUCCGACUUGACGAGUACGACGCAUAUUGGAUAUGCUACAGGCUGGCGGGCCGGCCGAUCAAUGACGAGCAUAACUAUUGUGCGUCGUUCUAUUCGCGUGUUACGUGUGUAUGUACCUGAGUUGUUUCGAAUAAGUGACGAGUAAACCAUAUAACGUUCAUCGUUUAAUAUUUUCUUAGUAUAUCAAACGAUUGUUAAAUUAUCUGUCUCGAUAUCUUAUCUUUUUCUGUUUCUUUUCCUUUUUUUUGUCUAAAAUCGAUAUUACACCUACGAUUUAUAUUUGUAAUAUUCAAUUUAAAUCUUUCGCGAGGUCGAUGUACGUGCGUGCGAUUUUAAAGUUGCAUCGUUUUAUAGAGAGAGAGAGAGAGAGAGAGAGAGAGAGAGAGAGAGAGAGAGAAAGUAUGUAUAUAUGUGUUUGUUAAUACGAAUCGAAAUAUUUCGAAAGAUAAUAGAAAUUUCUAAUCCUGCUGGAACUUAUCAUAAUUUUUUGUCAAAUAAUAAAAUUUAAUAUUUCCAUCGUCCUAGCUCGUACGCCUGCAUUUUUUUUUUUUUACAUUUUAAUUCAUUGACGGAUCAAAAGUUUGUUACUAUCGAUGCAUCGCGUAUACUCGCAAAACGAUUCAUCUUGUACCUACGUACACACAUAUAUUCAAAUCGUGGGCAAAUCACUCGUACUGCCCGAUUAAAACUUACUUCACUCUACUUUUGUAGAAAACGACUAUCUACCACGACCAACUAUCAACUCGUAUCAACUACAUGCGACAGUCCGCAACAAUUUCUACAGGCGGCUAGACAAAGUCGUUCUCAGACUUUCCUCAGACUAAAUAGUUACAAGUCAUUACGUUUCGUACGAAUUCGUUAAACGCGAAUAAUCUCACGUUGUAGCAAUUUUCACGGAAAAUAUGGAAAUUUCGUUAAAUGAGAUCAAACGUGACUUAUUAAUACGUAUAUCGUGUCGAGACAUUUUUGAAAUCAUUUUUUGAAAUGUUUAUGUACGUCGUUUGUAUGUAAAUAUAUAUGUGUGUAUAUCGUCUGUGCGUAUAGGCAACGUAGGCUCAAGUUUCUUUAAUUAUCAUAUUUCGAAUACAUUCAAUAACAUUGGAAUCUUGAAUUAUUUAAAAUAAAUCAACUUCGAUAAUAUUAACAUCGGCGAAACGAAAACCUUUCGUGUUCGAUGCUAAAAAUACGAGUAUAUUAUGGACAACACCUGUUUUUCGAAUUUGAUCGAUCGAUUUUUAUGGAAAUUUUUAAAAAAAGAUACGAGAAGAUGAAUUCUUCGAGAAACCGUCUAAAUCUUUGUUGGAAUUUAAUCUACGAGAUAUACGUGUAUACGGAUAGCAAGCUCCUUGAAGAUAGAAUUUUUAAAUUUAAUCUUUCGCAUAACUUUCAUCCUUUCAAAGGAAAUGGUAUUCCACGAGACUUCGAACGAAUUGAAAAAAGUAACUGACUGAUGGCACGAUUUCCGACUCUCGAAUCGGCGCGUAACUCAUUAAUUAUUAACACAUUUGUUACCAUUUAAGUGACUUUCGUUUCGAAGACGAAUGAUCAAGCUAUGUAUCUAUAACAUAAAGUGCAUCGGGUUGAUGUAUGCGUACGUGAACUUUGAACAUACGAACAUAUACAUAUAUAAAUAU